UUAAACAUAUCAUAGGUCUCUUCAGUUACAUACAAAUAUGAUUUUUAUUAGCUAUUUAGAUUUAUUUUGGAACUGGAUCAGACUUCUGCUUUUAAACCUUAAGUCCUAACAGCUAGACUCUAAGAAUAGUGGCGUCUGGUCUUUUUUUUUUUAUCAUUGGUCAUUGCACAGUGGCCGCACCAGUAGGAGAUAGAACCAUUUUGCUUGAAGGACAAGAAAUAAUGUAGACAGAUGAUUAACAAACCAGCUGGACAGUGUUGGUAACACAAACCAACAAGUAAUGUGAGCAUUUAAAUUUGAUUGAGAGACUGACAAGAAAAUUAUUUUUCAGCAGCUAUGCGUCUUGCAGUUUUACAGUUCCUGGCUGGAAUUUUUGGAGCUGUAAGCUCAAUGUUCCUCCUGGGAUCUCUUGGGUCUGAUUACUGGCUUUUGGCAUUUGAAUCUUGUGAUCAUGCUGCUUUUUUCAGAGUCACAGAGGAUAUCUCUCAAACACAGCCAGACAGUAGCAUUCAGGCUGAAAAUCCCCUACUGUUCUACCAUGAGGGCCUCUUCUGGAGAUGUUCUUAUAGCAGUACAAAUGAAGAGCAGGACAGCAUGUUGGCUUUUUGGAUCACCAAUCAGCCAUCCCAGAAGGUUUGCAUGCCAGCCUACUUGUCUCACGCUCCCAUCUCAGGACUUCCCAACAGCGUUCUAACCUCCGACUCUGUCACAGUGCAAAGGGCCUUUUGGUGUGUUAUAUUUGUGCUGGGAGUCCUCUCUGUGAUGAUCGGGGGGUUUGUCACAAUCUGUGCAACCCCUGGGACCAGCCAUCGCCUUUAUGAGGCUGGAGGGGCUCUCUUUAUAACCGGGGGUGUCUUAAUCAUGUCUGUAGUGCUGUUGUUUGCUGUGUGGGUGCAGGUCUCGGACUCUUUAGAGCGGUACGGCCUCCAGCGCAGACACUUAGUGUGCCCCCGUCUGCAGCUCGGUGUGCACUAUGGUCCGUCUUUUAUGCUGGCUCCCACUGCUGCCUUCCUCUGCCUGCUCACUGGCCUACUUCUCCUGCUCAUUCCAUCAGUCAGCAGAGCAUUGGCCAGGGACACAGAGAACCAGCCAUUAUCACUGCGAGAAGAAUGUGUGUAGUGUUGUUGUGUAUAUAUGAGAAUGACUCUUUCCCAAUGUACCCAAAAUUCUGUCCUCAUUCACUCUCUCUUAUAUUGUUCUGGAUGUUUAUGGUUGUCUGCCUUAACCUCCUGGGUCCCUCUGUCCACGUACGAGAACAUUAUAUUUUAUUGAUUUUCUCUGACACCAUACAUGUCACAGUUUUAGCACAUUCAGGGAUUUUCAGAGAUACCGAAUGUUUCAGAUUCCAGUGAACAUGCUGAUUAAGCACUAUAAGUGUAGAAACUAUCCAGCUGUUCUUAUUAUUAAUGCAUUGUAACAGCCAAUACAAUAAGUUUGUGUAAAAAUGUUUCUCCUAUGCUCUCACUAGUUUGUCUCCUUGGUUACUCAUUAAUUAGAUCCCGCCUGUUGGAAUUUAGUUCAUUAUCCUGUGUAUGCAUGCCCUGUUUUAGUUCAUUGUCUGGUGUUAAAUGUGUUAAAGUGCACACUGUUCUGUUGAAACCUCUGUGGAUUAUUUACUUUUGUUUAUUAAAGUCUUUAUUUGAAACCUU